AUGAAGCUGUGGAUCCCAAGCCUUCUCUGCCUUCUCUUGGUGCUUGUCGUGGCCCAAGAGACUGUCCAGGAUGUCGCUGAUGAGCGCUACUACGACUACGCGACGUCCCAAGCGAUCGCCUUUCUCACGAAGAAGAUGAAGGCGCACUCGAUCACUGGCAUGGGCAUGACCGUUGUCCGCAACAACAAGACGGUCGUUGCGACGGGGCUCGGGCUCAAGCGUGCCAACGUCUCGUCCGACAUCGUGCGAUCGACAACGGGCUUUGAGAUCGGAUCCGUCUCCAAGACGCACAUUGCAAUCGCUCUGGCCAAGCUCGUCGACGACGGGAAGCUCCAGUUCUCCGAUACGGUCAAGUCCCGUGUCCCGUGGUUCACGCUCCAAGACAAGUACGCCGAGGCGCACACGACCAUCGGCGACUUGCUCUCGCACAACUCGGUGCUGACCAGAGACGGCGACCUCCCCAUUCUCUUUGGCCGCUGGGCGUCCGAGCGCGACAACGUCGAGAACCUUGCGUUCUUGCAGACGCGUCGCGAGUUCCGAGCCGGGUAUGCCUACGCCAACCUGGGGUUUCAAGUGCUCGGGCAGGUCGUCGAGGCUGUGUCUGGGCUCCCGUGGUACGAGUACCUCCAGCGUACGAUCUGGACACCGCUCGGUAUGAAGUCAACGUACGCCCACGCGGGCUUGGCGCCGCCGGAGCAGCUCUCGUUUGGCCACUACGCGUGCAACCGGACAGUGAUCGGGCCCUACCCGCUCUUCACCUCGAGCAUGACGAUGUUGAGCGCUACAUCGCCGUUCAUCGCAGCGGGCUCGAUCGUCUCGUCUCCGGCGGACAUGGCGAUCUUCACGCGCUUCAUCCUGCAGCACGGUGCCGGUAUCUUCAAGUCGCCGGCGCUCGUCAAGGGCCUCGCAACGGGCUACACAAGUCUUCCUGCGACCCGCGCCACUGUCAUCACGGUCUAUGGUUUCGAGUACGACCCCGAAGGCAACGCGCUUGGCGUUGGCUACGGCUAUGACAUGACGGGUGCCCUUCUUUUUGGCCACCGGUACUUCUCGAAAGGCGGGGCUACGUUGGUCAACUAUGCCGAGACGGGAUAUGUUCCGGAUGCCAAUUUGGCCGUGACGCUGCUCUCCAACACGGCAGCGGGGGGCGGGGCCGGCCGCGAGCGCGCCGUCUUGCCGCUCCUGAAAGUGUACGUUCUCGGCAUCUACCUCGGCGUUCCCCGCAGUAAGCUCGACGCGAUGUGGGACGCCGGGCUCGCCAUGGCCGACAAGUUGACCCCGUUUACGCCGUGCGACGGCCACUAUUUUGGCAACGAGCCGUGGCCGAGCGCCAACUUGCCCGUGCCGGGGGCGUCCGCCCUCGUCGGCUCGUAUGCGUUUGUGUCAUCGCCUGCGUACAACGGCCCCAUCACGGUCCACGCGGCGCAAGACAAGCUGUACAUGCGCUACUACAGCUAUGACGCAUGGCUAUGA